GUAAAUACUAGGCAUUCUAUCUAAUUACAGGCCGUAUAUUUCUAUUGUAAGAUCGGAACUAUGUGCGUACCUCCACUUGAUGGCUCUAACUUCCUCCUCCGAGGUAUGACGCCCUGGACCGAGACGUACGCUCGAUGAGGUCAGGCAGCCGGACACACGACAUUGUCGGGUUACACAUCAGAACAUUAUCGAGUGAAUAUUAUCUUCCACAGUGCAGAGUCGCUGAUCCUAUCUAGGAAGUAAACUGUGCAGGCCCGGGUAGUUUCCGGAAUACCCCAGUGUAUAUGUACCUGUUGAUGGAAUUUUGUUUAUCACAGACACACAUCGACAGUCUGAUACGCACAACAUCCGGACAUUUGAACAAAACCCUUCCUGUUCUGCUUAAACGAAUGUUAAACUCCUCAGCUGUAUUGUUUAACUGACAAUCGGAUAAACCAUGGCCGCCACAGCACAGAUAAGUUGCCACGCCGGACAUUUUGUGUUUACUUUCUUGCUCGCACUUUGUGUCCUUAGUAAUGGUGGAAUUGCAUUGAGUACGACCAUACAAGCAACGAGGACUUCAGCAUACCUGUCCAGUGGAUACGCGACAUCUGUAGUCGCAUCUGAUGUUUCUAGCUCGGACUUUCAAUCAGUAGAAUUGUCACCAACUCCAAACAUAUCGGAUGACGAAACAUCUACUGUCACUUCAUCAACUUUAGAUAGCAGCUCAGGUUCAGUACUGACGACUCCAUCCGCUAUAGUCGAAACAAGUGUGAUUUUAGUUACGUCAUUCAGCUUUAAUUAUACAGCCACCACCCCUACAGUAGGGACUCCAACGACUGAUACGUUUAUCAAUAGAACUGAUGUUACUUCCUAUUUGUUUUCCACGUCAUCUAACGACCUAACUAGCACAGCUGGUAUAUCCUCAUCAAUAGGUACUGCUUCUGCACAAACGUCAACCCCUAUGGAUCAGCUAAACAGUUCAAUUAUUUCAACCGAUUUGGGUUCGGAUUUGUCGUCUGCUAUAAGUCCCUCUACAACUUACCUGGCCAUUGAGUCAUCUCUAUACACGGAAACCCCGACUGUGACAGACUUGGUUCUAAGUAGUUCUAGGUCAUUUGGGGACAUAACGUCUGCGCCGUUCAUGGUAACCUCUACGUCAUUAGCUUCAGAGAUGACGGAAAGUUCGCUGCAACCUUCAACGGUGAUGAGCAAUAUAAGCUCUGUAGUAAACGAAAUAACUGCUACAUUGACCAGUACAACGACAGACGGAACUUUAACUAGCACAUAUACUCCUAGUUCGUUAUCGCCAAGUUCAAGCCCGGAGUUCACCUCGUCAUCUGAGGGAUUAUUUAUCACUGCAACUACGCACGCUAAUACACCUGUAUAUACCUCCACACAGCAUGCUACUACGACCACUUCAGCAUUUCUCAAGACGUCAUCGGAAAUCAGUCAAACGGAACAUGUAACUUCUAGUUCUUACUCCUCUUACUCCGCAUCGUCUUCGUCGGUGGUUAUUGCUCCAACUAGCACUUCUGAUGCUGGUUUAAUGUCAUCGACGAUGUCUGUAACACCUGACCCUAAUAUCCUGGCAGAGUUGGACAAUCUCCGAAGUAAAGUUCAAGAAUUAGAAGCCACCAAUAGUGGGUUGCAGACAGCGACUAUUGUGCUGGCCAUAGUUAUCGUGUUGAUAAUAUUGGCGGUCAUUGGACUUGUGUAUCUACGUCGACGGCGAAUGGCCAAGCGGAAAAAGAACAGAUUUGCCGGGAUUGAUGCUGACCUCACCACGCCUGUGAUCCAACGUCCCAAGCUGGCUUUUGGUCAAAGCGGGCAUGCAGACAUAUUUGGUGGGAGAAUCAGCACGGCAACAUUAGAUGGCAGUGAAGAAAUGUCGACGUUAGGGACGUUUUCUACCCUGCCUAAAUCAACUGCAGUAUGCAACAAUAAUAUGGAUACCCCUUCGUAGUUCGUCUAUGUUAAUGCACACGAAGUGAAAGUUGCAGAAAUAGGCGGAGCCACUGACUAAGAAAAUACAACGUCCUGUGGUCAAAUAGGAAUGCUGUGUAUAUUUCGCCGUUUGCCCACAGCCUCGUGUUCAAUAACUUUAAUAACGAAAGUAGACAAAGGUCCCCAUUACGUUUGCUAUGUUACCUAUGUGCUUUGUGAUGCAAGCUUGUCCCUGACACUACCUACAUGCAUUCCCUGUUGUGUUCUACAGAUCCUGGAUUCAUCAGUGCUUGAGGAAUGGUUCAUCAGGUAGAUAGCAAUUUGUGAUGACUGUGGAUGAAAACCAUGUAAUAUGAUUAUUAAAUAGACAGUUAUAUAGACUGCUUAGGUAUACGGUACUAUUAUUUUCUCGUGUAGAGAUAAGGUACUUACUAUACAGUCGGUACAUUCUCGUCAUGAUAUGGAGAAAAGGUUCCAACUGCAUGAACAGUCUCUCCGUGAGGUACUUACUGUACCAUAAGUUUCUCUUCGUGUAGAGAUAAU